GAGGGCGGCCCGACGGGCGCGGGACGGGACGGGGCAGCGCGGGCGCCGGGAGCUGCGGCCCGGAGUCGGGGUGCCUCGCCCUGGGCCCCCAAGCAUGAAGACCCCGGCGGACACAGGGUUUGCCUUCCCAGAUUGGGCCUACAAGCCGGAAUCGUCCCCUGGCUCGAGGCAGAUCCAGCUGUGGCACUUUAUCCUGGAGCUGCUGCGGAAGGAGGAGUACCAGGGUGUCAUCGCCUGGCAGGGGGACUACGGGGAAUUCGUCAUCAAGGACCCCGACGAGGUGGCUCGGCUCUGGGGUGUCCGCAAGUGCAAGCCCCAGAUGAAUUAUGACAAGCUGAGCCGGGCCCUGCGCUAUUACUACAACAAACGCAUUCUGCACAAGACCAAGGGGAAACGGUUCACCUACAAGUUCAACUUCAACAAACUGGUGCUGGUUAAUUACCCUUUCAUUGAUGUGGGGUUGGCUGGGGGUGCCGUGCCCCAGAGUGCCCCGCCAGUGCCAUCGGGUGGCAGCCACUUCCGCUUCCCUCCCUCAACGCCCUCUGAGGUGCUGUCCCCCACCGAGGACCCCCGUUCGCCACCGGCCUGCUCUUCAUCCUCAUCCUCCCUCUUCUCGGCUGUGGUGGCCCGACGCCUGGGCCGAGGCUCUGUCAGUGACUGUAGUGAUGGCACAUCAGAGCUGGAGGAGCCACUGGGAGAGGAUCCCCGGGCCCGACCGCCAGGCCCUCCGGAGCUGGGUGCCUUCCGUGGGCCCCCACUGGCCCGCCUGCCCCAUGACCCCGGCGUCUUCCGUGUCUACCCCCGGCCUCGGGGUGGCCCUGAGCCUCUCAGCCCCUUCCCUGUGUCGCCGCUAGCCGCGCCUGGCUCCCUGCUACCCCCUCAGCUUUCACCGGCUCUGCCCAUGACGCCCACCCACCUGGCCUACACUCCCUCGCCCACGCUGAGCCCUAUGUACCCCAGUGGCGGCGGGGGCCCAAGCGGCUCUGGGGGAGGCUCCCACUUCUCCUUCAGCCCUGAGGACAUGAAACGGUACCUGCAGGCCCACACUCAAAGUGUCUACAACUACCACCUCAGCCCCCGCGCCUUCCUGCACUACCCUGGGUUGGUGGUGCCCCAGCCCCAGCGCCCUGACAAGUGCCCACUGCCACCCAUGGCACCUGAGACCCCACCAGUUCCCUCUUCGGCCUCGUCCUCCUCUUCCUCCUCUUCCUCCCCAUUCAAGUUUAAGCUCCAGCCGCCCCCGCUGGGACGUCGGCAGCGGGCAGCUGGGGAGAAGGCUCCGGCAGGCGCUGACAAGAGUGCUGGCAUUGGCAUGGGCGGUGGUGGCAGCGCAGGUGGGCUGCCUGAAGGGGCGGGGGCGCUGGCCCCACCACCACCCCCGCCACAGAUCAAGGUGGAGCCUAUCUCGGAAGGCGAGUCGGAGGAGGUAGAGGUGACUGACAUCAGUGAUGAGGAUGAGGAAGACGGGGAGGUGUUCAAGACGCCUCGUGCCCCACCUGCACCCCCCAAGCCUGAGCCCGGCGAGGCACCGGGGGCAGCCCAGUGCAUGCCCCUCAAGCUGCGCUUUAAAAGGCGCUGGAGUGAAGACUGUCGCCUGGAGGGGGGUGGGGGCCCCGCUGGGGGCCUUGAGGAUGAGGGCGAGGACAAGAAGGUGCGUGGGGAGGGGCCUGGGGAGGCCGGGGGACCCCUCACCCCGAGACGGGUGAGCUCCGACCUCCAGCACGCUACAGCCCAGCUCUCUCUCGAGCAUCGAGAUUCCUGAGGGCUGUGGGCAGGGGACCCCUGUUCCCCCAACCCCCAUGCUUCUUUUGCUGCCUUAACCCCCCCAUGCCCCGGAGGUGAGGGCAGCUUUCUAGUCUCUUUCCUGCCUCCUCCCUUUCCCCUCUCCACAUUUUGUAUAAAACUUUUAAUUUUUUUUUUUUAAUGGUGAGGGUGGGUGGGUGCCUA